AUGCAUGCAAUUUCUUUGAUCUCGAAGCAAUUGAUCGACCAACGACAAGUUUCCUUUAAGUGUUUCUCUCUUUCUUUCUUCGUGAAAAACCACUCUCUCUCUACUCCCUAUCUAUCUAUCUAUCUAUCUAUCUAUCUAUCUAUCUAUCUAUCUAUCUCUCUCUCUCUCUCUCUCUCUCUCUCUCUCUAUAUAUAUAUAUAUAUAUAUAUAUAUAUAUAUAUGUUUAAUUCUACUUUUUCUCGAAAUCCUGUUAUUUGUUUCACAUUAUUGAAAAUUUACUUCGUUUAUCGUUUCCGUUUUAUUCUCGAUUUCUUGAUCUCUUUUUCCUUUUCUUUCUUUCUCACUUUAUUGUUGCUUAAACUCCCCACUCUUUCUCUUCGUCUCUAUUCCUUCUCUUUCUCUUCAUCUCUAUUCCUUUCUCUUUCUCUUCGUCUCUAUUCCUUCUCUUUCUCUUCGUCUCUAUUCCUUCUUUUCUCUUCGUCUCUAUUCCUCUCUCUUUCGCUUCGUCUCUAUUCCUCUCUCUUUCUCUUCGUCUCUAUUCCUCUCUAUUUCUCUUCGUCUCUAUUCCUUUCUCUUCGUCUCUAUUCCUUCUCUUUCUCUUCAUCUCUAUUCCUUUCUCUUUCUCUUCGUCUCUAUUCCUCUCUCUUUCUCUUCGUCUCUAUUCCUCUCUCUUUCGCUUCGUCUCUAUUCCUUUCUCUUUCUCUUCGUCUCUAUUCCUUUCUCUUUCUCUUCGUCUCUAUUCCUUUCUCUUUCUCUUCGUCUCUAUACCUCUCUCUUUCUCUUCAUCUCUAUUCCUUUCUCUUUCUCUUCGUCUCUAUUCCUUUCUCUUUCUCUUCGUCUCUAUUCCUCUCUCUUUCUCUUCAUCUCUAUUCCUCUCUCUUUCGCUUCGUCUCUAUUCCUCUCUCUUUCUCUUCAUCUCUAUUCCUUUCUCUUUCUCUUCGUCUCUAUUCCUCUCUCUUUCUCUUCAUCUCUAUUCCUCUCUCUUUCGCUUCGUCUCUAUUCCUCUCUCUUUCUCUUCAUCUCUAUUCCUCUCUCUUUCUCUUCGUCUCUAUUCCUCUCUCUUUCGCUUCGUCUCUAUUCCUCUCUCUUUCUCUUCGUCUCUAUUCCUUUCUCUUUCUCUUCGUCUCUAUUCCUAUCUCUCUCUCUUCGUCUCUAUUCCUCUCUCUUCGAACUCUUUUUUUCUCUCUCUUUUAA